AUGACCCUUUUUCGGGGAAUCUCAGACUCCAAUACUAGAAACGCGAUCAGAAUAGCGAAGAAAGCACUUCGAGACCAAAGAGAAGUACUCAAGCUGGAAACUUCGGAAAGGUUGCCGUUGUCGGAUUCGACUUCCGGAUCAGGUGUUGACAAUGUCAAGCCAUUCUUGACCUGGGUCUUGGUCGAUGCGGAACUAGAUCAGAAAGAAAACACGGAGCGUGUUGCGGCUGAAUAUCUUCACGGGAUGAUGCGAGAGAUCGAACAGAGUCUGCUUCAGAGGAACGAGCACUCUUAUGAUUUAUGUAGAGAACUCACGAUCUCUGACCUAGUGUAUUCUUUGCAAGCUUCAACGCCGCACAGAUCUCCUAUGACUAGUAGCUCUGUUGCUCCCGGUCACCAACGAACGCCGAGCCGACCAGCACCAUGGAUGGCUACGUUACAGGUCUUGACUUCUUUCGGAACCAUGUUAGAGAAUCGUCCGCCGGAGGAUCCUGUCCUUAGCGCACAGAAGAACAUGGUUCGCGCUGCAAUCGAUGAGCUGUUUGCAUGCUUGAAACGUUUCGUUGGGCUAUAUGUUCCGUGUGAUUACGCACACUCGGUUUGCUACAAACUCUGGGGUUCGAUGGCGCUUCUCAACAACAGUGCGACGCUAGUGUUCAAGGAAGAGGAGCAUCCGAGGCCGCUCUACAUCAUACGCCCACUUCAGACCAGCUUCUUACGAGACCGGAAUAUCAAAAAGCCAAUGGUUCCAAUUAGUUCUUGUCUUGAGUGUAAAGACGGACACACAUACAAAUCGCAUCAAGAGGCUCUGACUCAUCUCAACAAGGUCCAUUUUCGGGACGGCUCGUUGAGACAUCAUCAAACAGCACGCCGUUAUUUUGUGCGUACCGAAAACGAUCUUCGUAAUGAACGAGCCAGCAAGCAACACCUGUGGCUGCUGCAGAUUUGUAUACAGUAUUUUGAAACGUUGGUCACACGAGGAGAAAAACUACAUUUAGGUGUCGCCGAAGGGAAGCAGACCGACCGUCGCCGAUAUCAACUACCGGAUGGUCUACUUGACUGCUUUGAAGAAACUGUGCUCUUCCUCAUGCAAGCGACGACGUCCGUCGUUGCUAUCAGAAACGAAGCAAGCAUAUGGAAACAUACACCAGGGAAAGCAAUUGACGACCUAGAAACCCCUGCAGUGCAAAGUGCUCUCGAGGAACUAGGGAAGCUGGGAGAAUCUGCGCAAGCUUCUAUGACUCGGGCUGAGAAAGCAGUAGUUCUUGCUGGGGGCGAGGGAAGUACGGUCAGCAUCGGCAAUGCAGGACCGGAGUUUUUGGUCUCGAUUGUUCUCCAAAAUAUUGCGAGGAGGCAUCUUUUGACUGACGUAAAGAUGGAUGUCAAUCAAUUGUACCAGGAGUAUACUUCGAAAUUGGAAUACCAGAUCUACCAAUUCCCUCGCAAACGUCUACUCAGAACGAUUCACAAACUCCAAGAAGAGCUCACUGUAGUUCAGCUUGUAAACUCCUGGCAAACGAAAGCAUUCGAUAAUUUCCUUCAGAUUCUGGACCCCAGAACCUUCAAGCUCCCUACAUCCGAUCGCAUUAGUCUGUUUUUGCCUGAAUCAGAGUGUAUUAGCGAAAGCCUCAAAUCUCUGCAAAGCAAGGCGGUGGAGCUCGAAGCCCUCAAGAAACGCACGCAAUAUCUUCGUGAGCAACUGAAACAGAGCGUAGAGAUCUUAGAGGAGGACCACGGCAAAGCUAUCUUGAUGUUCACUAUAAUCACCACCAUCUUCCUACCGCUCUCUUUCGUAACCAGCCUUUUUGGGAUGAACACAUCUGAUAUUCGAAACAUCGAUAGAACGCAAGCUUUCUUCUGGGUUAUAGCCAUCCCAUUCACUGCUGUUAUUGUUCUUGUUGCGAUCUUGUUAGCUUAUCGCGGGGACAAGUUGUAUGAUCUUGUCGUGCAGACAAUUCACGAAGUGAAAGAGCGGCACAUGAAGACUGGCUUGCCAAUAGCACCUUUACAAGAUGAAAGAGAAUGGGGGAAUCUAUUUUCAUUUGCCCGGCCAUCUCGGGCUCUACGCAGUCGGAGCAAUGUCGCGACUAACAACAUUGAGCUGAACACUCUGGCCUCAUCCUCUGCGAGCCGAUCCGCCCUCGUAACAUGA